CGCCGAGCCGGCCUCGGAAAGGAGGAGAAAGGGCUUGGGGGGGGGGUGUCCGUGGGAGCCUCCGUCCAGAGUACCGGGGACCGGGCAAGGCCAGCCGGACCCCCGGCGGGGCGGCAGGGAGAGACCUCCAAGACCUGUCCAUUGCUGCCGCUCAUGCCAGAGGGAAUGCUGACUGCUCUCUGGGUGGGCAUUGGUGCUUCUGAGCCAACCCAGGAAGAUUGGUGGGCCUGGUCCCAGCCCAUCCCAGGGCUGUCGGAAGCUGCAGGCUGAUCUCCGUCCAGAUUUCCACACAACCUCCACCCCCUCAGAGACUGGCUUUUCUGCUUGUGGUGGCAGCUCACAAAAUACCUUGAGGGAGUAUAUCUGUGCCUAGGACUUCGGACGUGCUCCCCCAAGACCAGGACUCCACUAAGGGGCUGAGGCAUGGCGCACUGACACUUGAUUGGACCAGUUUCUUGCUUCUUGUUAGACUCCUUGGCCCAGAGCCUGGCCCACUAGCCAGGAUGGGGCGUGAACAGGACCUGAUCCUUGCUGUCAAGAAUGGAGAUGUGACCUGCGUGCAGAAACUGGUGGCCAAGGUUAAGGCUGCAAAAACAAAGCUCCUAGGCUCCACGAAGAGGCUCAAUGUCAACUACCAGGAUGCUGAUGGAUUCUCAGCUCUCCACCAUGCUGCCUUGGGGGGCAGCCUGGAGCUCAUAGCCUUGCUACUGGAGGCUCAAGCCACUGUUGACAUCAAAGACAGCAAUGGCAUGCGUCCAUUGCACUAUGCAGCCUGGCAGGGCCGGCUGGAGCCUGUGAGACUGUUGCUUCGGGCCUCUGCAGCUGUCAAUGCUGCUUCCCUGGAUGGGCAGAUCCCUUUGCACCUGGCUGCACAGUAUGGGCACUAUGAGGUGUCAGAAAUGCUCCUCCAGCACCAAUCCAACCCUUGCCUGGUCAACAAAGCGAAGAAGACGCCCCUAGACCUGGCCUGUGAAUUUGGGCGGCUCAAGGUGGCCCAGUUGCUACUGAACAGCCACUUAUGUGUGGCACUGCUGGAGGGAGAGGCAAAGGACCCAUGUGACCCCAACUACACCACGCCCUUACACUUGGCUGCCAAGAAUGGCCAUAGAGAAGUCAUCAGGCAGCUCUUGAGAGCUGGUAUUGAGAUCAACCGCCAGACCAAGACAGGAACUGCACUCCACGAGGCUGCACUAUAUGGCAAGACCGAGGUGGUACGGCUGCUCCUAGAGGGAGGUGUGGACGUGAACAUCCGGAACACAUACAACCAGACGGCACUGGAUAUAGUGAAUCAGUUCACCACCUCCCAGGCCAGCCGGGAAAUUAAGCAGCUACUUCGUGAGGCUUCAGGGAUCCUGAAGGUCCGAGCACUCAAGGAUUUCUGGAACCUCCAUGACCCCACUGCUCUCAAUAUCCGGGCAGGAGAUGUCAUCACGGUGCUUGAGCAGCACCCUGAUGGUCGCUGGAAAGGCCACAUCCAUGAGAGCCAAAGGGGCACAGACCGUGUGGGCUACUUUCCCCCAGGCAUCGUUGAGGUGGUCAGCAAGCGGGUGGGCAUUCCCGUGGCCCGUCUCCCCUCUGCACCCACACCCCUGCGACCAGGCUUCUCUCGGACACCACAAUCCUCUGCUGAUGAUCCCCUGCACCCGCUUACCUAUGGCCAGCUCCCUCGCAUGGGCCUUAACCCAGACAGUCCAGCAGGUGACAGGAAUAGCGUGGGGAGCGAGGGCAGUGUGGGCAGCAUCCGCAGUGCUGGUAGUGGGCAGAGUUCCGAAGGCACCAAUGGCCAUGGCACCAGCCUCCUUAUUGAAAAUGCCCAGCCACUGCCCUCUGCCACUGAGGACCAGGUGCUGCCAGGACUGCAUGCCCCAUCCCUGGCAGACAACCCGAAUCACCGCCCUCUGGCCAGCUACCGCUCUGGGGAGAGCUUCACCCAGGAUGUAAGGCCGGAGCAGUUGCUGGAAGGAAAGGAUGCACAGGCCAUUCAUAACUGGCUAAGUGAAUUCCAGCUGGAAGGCUACACUGCCCACUUCCUGCAGGCUGGCUAUGAUGUGCCAACCAUCAGUCGCAUGACACCUGAGGAUCUGACGGCCAUCGGGGUGACCAAGCCUGGACACAGGAAGAAGAUCGCCUCGGAGAUUGCCCAGCUCAGCAUUGCUGAGUGGCUGCCCAACUAUAUCCCGAUGGACUUGCUGGAGUGGCUAUGUGCGCUGGGGCUGCCACAGUACCACAAGCAGCUGGUGAGCAGUGGCUAUGACUCCAUGGGGCUGGUGGCUGAUCUCACCUGGGAGGAGCUGCAGGAGAUAGGCGUCAACAAGCUGGGCCAUCAGAAGAAGCUUAUGCUGGGUGUGAAGAGGCUAGCAGAGCUUCGUCGGGGCCUGCUACAGGGAGAGGCCCUAGGUGAAGGCGGGCGUCGGCUGGCCAGGGGUCCAGAGCUGAUGGCCAUUGAAGGGCUGGAGAAUGGGGAAGGUCCGGCCAUGGCUGGGCCUCGCCUCCUCACCUUUCAAGGCAGUGAGCUGAGCCCGGAACUGCAGGCAGCUAUGGCAGGGGGUGGCCCAGAACCACUACCUCUUCCCCCUGCACGUUCUCCUAGCCAGGAGAGCAUUGGAGCACGUUCACGGGGGUCUGGUCACUCACAGGAACAGCCUGUCUCCCAACCAAGUGUUGGAGACCCCAGUGCCCCACAGGAGAGGAACCUUCCAGAGGGUACAGAGCGCCCCCCUAAGCUUUGUUCCCCACUUCCUAGCCAAGGACCUACCCCCUAUGUUUUUAUGUGCCCACAGAGUUCACCUAGCCCAGCCCCAGGGCCACCUCCUGGUGCACCCCGGGCCUUCUCCUACUUGGCUGGGUCUCCUGUCACUCCUCCAGACCCACCUCGGCCCAAGCGCCGGUCUCACAGCCUGAGCCGCCCUGGCCCUACUGAGGGGGAAGCUGAAGGGGAGGCCGAAGGGCCACUGGGCAGUGCCUUGGGCAGUUAUGCCACUCUCACCCGGAGACCAGGACGCAGCACCCUUGCCCGGACCAGUCCUAGCCUGACUCCAGCUCGAGGGACCCCCCGCAGCCAGUCAUUUGCCCUCCGCGCCCGUCGUAAAGGCCCUCCACCCCCACCACCCAAGCGUCUCAGUUCAGUCUCUGGCUCCACAGAGCCAUCUUCACUAGAUGGAAGCCUGGGGCCCAAAGAUGGGGCUGCAGGGCCCCGAAGGAGAACACUGAGUGAACCGACUGGCCCCUCAGAGCCCCCUGCCCCUCCUGCCCCAGCUGGCCCUGUGUCGGACACAGAAGAGGAGCCUGGUCCUGAGGGGACACCGCCAUCUCGGGGCAGCUCAGGAGAAGGGCUGCCAUUCGCAGAGGAAGGGAAUCUGACUAUCAAGCAGCGGCCUAAGCCAGCUGGCCCCCCACCCCGGGAGACUCCUGUUCCCCCUGGCCUUGACUUCAACCUUACAGAGUCAGAUACUGUCAAACGGAGACCCAAAUGCAGAGAGAGAGAGCCAUUACAGACCGCACUGUUGGCCUUUGGUGUGGUGGGUGACACCCCUAGCCUAGUGGAAACUCCCCUGUCCUCCCAGGCCCCCUGUGAAUCUCCCUCCUCAGUUUCCUCCAGCCCUCCACAGCCUGAACCUAGCAGCCUUGCAACUCAAGGAGCUCCAGCCCCUUCUCUCAGUCCCAUAAUACAGCCCCCUGGCCACCUAGGGCCAUGCACUGGGCCAGCUGUGGAAAAUUCAACAGGCAGUCGGCUGAAUGUGGAGACAGAGCCUCCAGCUGCCCUUGCUGCCCUCCUUAAAGUGCCUGGCACAGGAACAGCCCUCAAGCCUGUUUCUGUGGCCUGCACUCAGCUGGCAUUUUCUGGCCCAAAGCUGGCUCCCCGGCUCGGCCCCCGCCCAGUACCCCCUCCAAGGCCUGAGAGCACUGGGCCUGUGGGUCCAGGCCGGGCCCAACAGAGACUGGAACAAACCAGUUCAUCCCUGGCAGCUGCACUGAGGGCAGCUGAGAAGAGCAUUGGCACUGAGGAGCGAGAGGGCCCUCCAGGGACCUCUACCAAGCACAUUCUGGAUGACAUCAGUACCAUGUUUGAUGCUUUGGCUGACCAGCUGGAUGCCAUGCUGGACUGAGCAAGACUGGCCUGUGGGCCUCCUACAGUACCCACAGUUGCCUGCCAGCAUUCACUGCCAGUGGCCAAGCAUGGAAGAGGACCCUGCCAGCCAAGGAACAGGCAGAGGGCUGGUUGGGCUGGAGUACCCUUCCCCAGCAGAGGCUGUCCUGCUGCUCCACGCAAUGGCUGUUAGUCCAGAAGGGGGUUGAGAGGACUUGUCAGAACGUGAUUGAGGGACUCUGCUGCAUGUGGUAGCAAAGCCCCUCCCAUGUACAAUCGGACUAUACAACUUUGACCCCUGAACAGGAACCCUGGUAAGAGCUCUCUCCUCUAGGAGGAGGUGGCAACAGGCUUUUGGGGUGCUUCCUCUGCACCUCCCUGCCCAUGUCUAAAGUCCCUGUCCCAAGGAAAUGCCUCCGGCCACUUGCUGUAUUGCCUUAGGGCUCCAUUAGGCUAGGUGAGGUAAGGCACCUGGCUGGUCCCCUCUGGAAGUGUACAUACGAGAUGUAAAUACAGAGCAGGGGUAUACUCUCCUGGCAGUGGCUAUGGUCCAGUCAUCUCCUGCCAUCCCACACUGGGAGGCAGUGCUGGUGGGGGUCAGAGGCAAUGAGAUUAACAGAUCCCCAAUGUCCAAACUUUUACAACUGUACAUAAUAUUUUUUAAGCAGAGAGAAAUGCAUAUAUUUUAAAUGGAAUUUAUUCUAUUAACUGCCUGAGAGGAUGCCGUGGGGUAGGCCUUUGUAUUGCCUGCCCACCUCCAGUUGGAGACCUGACCCAGCUGGCCCAGGCCCAGGCUCUGUAACUAUUAAUCUCUUCCCUCAACUAACACCAAUGAAAGUGUCAUUCCACAUGA